AUUUACCUACCAAUCGUCAAAGUAAUCUCGUGCGAAAGAAACGUGUAAUUGAGUAAAAAUAAUUGUUAUAAGUGGCUAUCGUUCCUGAAAUUGUAUUAUUAUAAUAUUUUUGGCUAAACUUACUAUUUUACAAGUUAUCAGCAAAAUUCUAAUAAGAAUUAUAAACUUAUAUUGAUUUUUUUAAAAGAAGAGACAAUGCGGAAUCAUCAGGAAGACUCGCCGUCGUCGUCCAUAAACGGAGAUGAGAUCUUGGGCAUGGAAGAUGAUGAUGGCAUGGUUUUCCUCGAAGAAGUAGGAGAGAUCGAUUUUAACGAUGAUUACAAUGAAGAUGAGGAACCCGUGGAAGAGGCUUUAGAAAUGCAAGAAGACAAUUCUAUUUUCAUAUUUAGAGAGCAUAAUGGAUCUGUGUUUUGCUGCGAUAUUAGCCCUGAUGGUAAACUGGCAGUUACUGGUGGGGAGGACGACAAGGCUUAUGUAUGGAGGAUUGAGGAUGGUCAGUUGGUUAUGCAGUGUCUUGGACACAAGGAUUCUGUAAUUUUUGCUGGCUUUAGUUUUGAUGGGGCAUUCCUAGCCACAGCGGACAUGGCAGGACUAAUCAAAGUUUGGAAAUGUGAAGAGACCCAGCAAGAAUCGUGGCCUGUUGUCUUUGAAUAUGAAGCACCUGACUUGAUUUGGGGCCUGUGGCAUUUUGGAGCUAGAGUUCUUGUUUUUGGAACAGUACCUGGUGAAAUAUAUGUAUUUAAAGUACCUUCAGGAGAAACAAAAGUCUUACAAGGGGAGAACACCAAAGCGGAGUGUGGAUUGUUGUUCCAUGAUGGAGUUCGUUUAGCAGCUGGUUAUGAGGAUGGCCUUGUAAAGAUAUGGGAUUUAAGAAAAUCAACAGUUUUACACCAAGUGCCUGCAUCAGUUCAUCAAAAUAAAGUCACAGCUAUAGAUACUCCACCCGAUGAUAAUAUUAUGGCAUCAAUUUCACAUGAUGGUAAAAUAGUACUAACAACUCCAAAUAAUGGCAGGGUAGUCAGCCAGAUGACAGCAGAAGAAGACUUAGAAAUAGUUGCAUUUUCAAAAGACCUCCAGUUCCCAUAUCUUGCCACAGGUACCCUAACAGGCGCAGUAAACAUAUGGGAUGUUCCUCGGAGAAUGCGGCGUCAUCAAUGUACAAAAGCUGGUUCAAGUCCAGGUAUCACCAGCAUGAUGUGGGUCAACAGGCUUCUCGUCACAGGCUGUCUUGAUGGCUCCGUACGAGUUUAUGAAGGCCGGUCGGGAGAAGAGUGCCAGAAAUUCACAGGCCACCUAUCAGAAAUCCUAGAUCUACGUUAUAACGCGAAAACAAACUUAAUAUUAACAGCCUCAGACGAUGGCACAGCUAGGUUAUACAAAUUAGAUGUAAACAGCGGCAAUGACUAAAAUCUUUUUUAUUUUAUUCUUUUUCAAUUUGACUCUGCAUUAUUGUUCUCUAUUUUGUCAUAUCACAGUGUAUAAUUUUAAUAUAAUAUGAAAUCAGAGUUUUAACAUCUGUAUGCAUUUAUUACGGAAUAAAAAGGAUUUUCUUAUACGCCACUACAUCAUUUACAGUCAACAAGUUGUUUCCAUGUCAAACUGAUUGUUAUUUGGACAUUUAUAUGUUGCAGUAAGUUGUCCAGUAUUGCUUAAGCACUGAUGGUCUACACCUCGAUAAUGGUCCGCCUAUUUUUAUCUGUUAUAAAAUUGUACAUUUGACUUCAUGCCGACAUUCAUAAAACCAUGUUUGUGAGACUUGAUAUUGAUAUUAACUGCUUACAAUUUCGACCAUAAUGUCUAAAGUCGUAUAAUUCAAUUUUUUUUUAUUAAUAUCAAUAAAAUGUCUUACAAUCUUGAACGUAAAACUGCAUGUAGCUAAAUGUAUGGACAUAAGUAGACCUUCGCCUCCCCCAAAGUUAUUUUAUACUUACAAACACAUACCACUUCAUCUGUACAGUAGAUUUUGUAUACCUAUUGGUACAAUAUUUAAUCUCCCAUGUAAUAAUCAAUAUAAUUAAUUAACAUUUGUAUUUCUCUCUCAUAUUCAAUAUGCAAUAUGUAAUAAUAAAGAACAGUUCAUAUAAAAAAGUAAUAUUGUUAUUUAAUGGACAUAAA